AUGCCUGAAACAGCCCGGGAAACUCUAGAGUUAGCCAAGAAGUAUAAACCACAUGGAGUUGUUGCAAUAGAUAUUGCAGGUGAUGACUCUGUUUUAGAAAAGCAACCUACACCAAAUGAAAUUAUCCAGACAUUUCAAGAAGCUAAAAAACUUGGUAUUCACCGUACGGUUCAUGUUGGUGAAAAUAGUUCAGCAAAAAGCGUCUAUGAAGCAGUGACUACCCUACACGCAGAACGUAUUGGUCAUGGAUAUCACGUUUUAGACAAUGACGCAGUGUACGAAUCUGUUCGUAAUAGUGGUGUACAUUUUGAAUUAUGCCCAUCAUCAAGUUUUGUAACUGGUGCCGUAGAUGUCAAAGAUCCAAAGAAGCAUCCUAUACAUCGUUUUACUCAAGAUGCAGUCAACUUCUCAAUCAAUACAGAUGAUCCAACAUUGACAGAAAGAUGGGAUUUAGAUGAAGCUAAUUAUUGUAUAAAUGAAUUAGGCUUGAAAAGUAGUCACUUGUAUGAUGCGAAAUGUAAUGCAGCUAAGGCUGCUUUUCUCUCAGAUGAUGAGCGUAUAUACCUACUGGCACAUAUUAAUACCAGGAUAGGAAACAGAACUAUCAAAGUUUAA